GUCGCGCCUCGCUAUCGCGCGGAGAAUCGUGGACAAAUCAAACAUGGCGAUUCAGUCGCUGUUUACGGUGCGGACGUACGGUUCCUAGUGCCGUGGCGGCGGGUAUCAGUGCACGAGAGAGACUUUCUAAGGGUGAUGUGUAUUUGUGCCAUCGCGAAUUGACAGAUUUCGAUACGUAUUGCGAGAAUGGAGACGGCCGAGGCGGAGACGACGGCAGAGAAAGCGCCGGGCGGCGCCGAUGGGGUACGUGACGCGAAGGGCGUAAAAUCGGAGCCGACGCCUGCGGCGUCAUCGCUCCCGAUCGCUGAGCGAGUGCCGCCACCUGUCGCCGAGAACAAUGCGAACAACGUCAAGAACUCCAACUACUCCAACGGAAAGAACCGUCCAAAGUCAUUUAUAAAGGCUUGCGGAAGAUUGGAAAGUGGCAGCGGUAGUGGCGAUCAGGAUGGUGGUCAGCACGACGAUGGAAUGGACACCGCAGCGAAGAAGAGGAAAACCCGCAGGGGUAAACCGAAGCAUAGGAAACUAAAACCAUACUCGAAACAAUUGUCCUAUCAACAACAAUUACGGAGCAGAUCAAUCAACAGGAUUGCGAAAACUGGCAGGCAACCGCCAGCGCCGUACAAUACUACCCAAUUUCUUAUGGCUGAUCACAGUGAUCUACCUGACCUUGAGCAAAAGCUGUCGGAAGCCGCGUCGCUGGAAGUACCUGCUAUGUUUCAAAAACCGUCAGCACCACCGCGUACUCGCGACUCUAGUUUCAGCGUAGAUUCCGACGAAGACUACUUCUACUCGUCACCAGAGGAUGAACAAGAAUUCCUGACAAAGGAGUUCUCAACCGCGUACGAAGCUCUCCACGAAGAGAGAUUGAGCACCUUGACGAAAGCACAGUUGAUACAGGAGUACAGGCAAUUAGAAGCAAAAAUGGACUCGCUGACAAAAAGACGUAGUAAAACCAUUCAUCAGGUAGAGGAGAAGGAUCCAGAAAAUAAGAAUGUGUCUACGGACUCGGAAUUAGCGAAGAAAUUGAAGCUGUGUCAACAACGGAUUGACGAUUUGGUGCAGCAAAACGAACAGCUCAGACGGGAGAACGAGAUGUUACGUAACAAGAAGAGAUUACGCAGGAGGAGCUCCGAGUCGAGUGUUGACAGUGAAAGCGACAGCGACAGUUCUAGUAAUAGCAACCAAAGUGAAUGCAGUUGCUCUUUCUCAAGCGCGGGAACAUCUCCUAAGCACACUUAUAAGGGUAGAUUAGAUAAUAACGUAAGAGCAGAUCGCAAGAGCGACAGCAGCGAUACUAGCCGAACCGACGGAAGUCCCGGAACAUCUAUAACGCCUACCAAUUUUUCUAACGGUCAUAUGAUUAUGAACGAAACUGGUAGUUUUCCAACGUAGACUCUCUUCUCGCGGUUUCUCCACGUGUCUAUUAACAUGUUAUGUUCGAUAUUAUGAAAUUCCCCACAGUAUAUACAUGCAUAUCAGGCUAUAUGCAUCUAUUCUAUAUAUCUGUCCGGAUAUAUUUAAAACAGCGGCAUUUGCUUAUGAAUUUUGUUUUGAUGGCGUAUAGGAUUUGAUCCGGUUGUUUUGCUAAACAAAAAAUCUCAUUAAGCUAUCGUUUGUUAUCCCAUUACAGUCGACUUUUCGUUUCUUUCUUAAGACUGUGUAUACAUAGUUGCGCGUAUACAUACAUGUAUAACUAAACUAAAUGAUAAAUAUAGGAUUAAUAUUACAUAGGGAAGAACUGUAAUCUUUCUCACGUCUGUGUUUGUAUUAUUCCGUUAUCUGCUUGGCGAAAUCUACAUUUACCGCGCGCGCGCAUCGUGCAUUGCUUUCAUAUCUCUUCUUUUUGCUCUAGUAUCGUACGCAACGGAAUUAAUUGCGUCCUUUCAGCCUGAUGUCUUUCUUUCCACGUACUGCCAAUUUAUGAACGUUAAGUUCACAAAUGGACGGUCUACAGACCAUCAACUAACGCAUACCUAUGUACAUAUUGCGCAUGGGUGAAGUAAAAGGCACAAUUCUUUUAGCCCAUUGGAAGUAUUAUAUGUAUUAUAUGUAAUAUUAAUAAUGAAUGUGAUGAACUACAAUAUAUUUAUAGAAAGUUAAUGCUCUUUGUAUAAUUGUAUAGUUUUAGAGCGUAAGACAAAAUUAGUUAGUUUAUGGUCUGAAAGUGUAUGAUACAUAAAACUGUUUUACAUUUCCGAUUUUUAAUAAAUCUUAAGUUUUGGCCCGA